GCCCCUUUCUUCCUCGGCCACGUUGUCCGGACCGCGGUCACCCUCGAUUUCCGCCCAUCAUGUGUGUUCCACCCGCCCUGCAACCUCGAAUGCGCAGCUAACAUGCCUUCCCCCACCAGGACCGUCUUCUCCCUGAUCAUCAUCAACAAGGCGGGCGGUCUGAUCUACCAGCGCGAGUACCAGCCCGGCCUUCACACUCUCUCCACCAAUGACUACCUCGUCCUCGCCGGUACCUUUCACGGGUAUGACCUCCGCGAAACCCACCUCCAACCCCCCCCCCCCCUUGUCCACGCCAUCACCCGCUCCAUCACGCCCAAGCUCCCUCUCGCCCAAACCUCCGCCGUCUCCUCUCCCGGCAGCACACCCGUGGGAUUCAGCUUUCCCAACCCCGGUGUUCCCCCGACAGGCCUGGAACAACUCGAGACCGACAAGUUCCGAUUGACAUGCUUCCAGACGCUGACGGGGACCAAGUUCCUGCUCUUCACCGACCCCAUGACCGGUAACGUGGAGGCGAUCAUGAACAAGAUCUACGAGCUGUACGCCGACUACGUGAUGAAGAACCCGUUCUACCAGCUCGAGAUGCCUGUGCGCUGUGAGGCGUUCGACCGACAUCUGGGCGCCUGGCUGCGAGGAAGGACGUGA